AUGCAAACACCACCAUCAUUUCUCAGUAAUCUCUCUACACCGUCUGCUGCAGAGGGAUUGAAAUCCCCUAUUUCCCUAACCACCACAACAAAACAACAGCAUCAACAACAGGAAGAAGAAUUAGAGGAACAAAGGUUAAGAAACUCACCGCAAUUUAUUACAUGUUCAGAUGAAAACGCAAUGCCUACAUUAUCGAAUAUGUAUAGUAGAAAUACUUCUUCACCCUUUGUCACCACCUCACGUGGAUCUCGUCGAUCUAAACAUCAAAAAACCCGUAUUGGUAUUAGUAAUAGUUCCUUUGAUGAUAUGUUGAGUUUUGCCACUCCUCUCUCUCCAGCUCCACCGCAUUGUGGCUUUGAUGUGUUUACAAGUCCCUUUGGUCCUUGUGAACAUAUUCCCGGUCCGCAUCAGUCUUUUAAUGAAGUUAAUACAUCUCACUGUGCUUUGCGAAAUACCAGUUACAAUAACAGUUUCAUCAAUAGUAAUAAUAUCAGUCAUGUAAAUGAUCUCGGUAGUGGUGGGAUAAAUAUGAAAUCAGGAGAAGACUCUGUGGAAGUAUCAUGUCCAUUAGCCAAUGACAGUCAUUUAUACUCUAAAAAAGAAGAAGGUGUUGGUUCUGUUUCUCAGAGUGUAGGAUCAGAGUAUCAGGGAGCUAUACAUAAAUGUAAUACUUCUCUUUUUAAAAGUUUUGGGAAAUCAUUAGGGUUAAUAUCAUCAUUAUCUCAUCGUAUUUCACAUGUGAUGACAACAGUGGCUCACACCACCGUAGGAGGACAACGUAACUCACAAGAAGACGCGGUGUGUAUUCAUGAACGAGUACCAUUUCCAACAGAGUGUUCAUUAUCACAGAAAGAGAAAGAUCAUCAUCAUCAUCAUCAUCAUACUAAUAGUGGAAAGGUCCAUUUAUAUAAUAUGUAUGGUGUGUUUGAUGGACAUAAUGGGGAUCGGUUAUCUAAUUUAGCUUCAUUAUAUUAUCUUGAGCAUUUUAAUGAGGCUCUUACCCGAUCUGCAUGGCAAUAUCCUUCUAUAGAUAAUGCUGAAGAAGGAUACACAUCCGAAUCUGCCACCAUAUUCAAUAGAAGAGAAGAAGGUGGUACUAGUUCAGUUACGAAUACCAAUAGUAAUAGUGGGAUGAAAGUUAGUGGUAAAAGUGUAGGGGAAUUGCCUAUUACAGAAGAAACUAUUCUUCCUCCACAACGGUUUGUAAGUAAUGCACUUGUACAAUCUCUUAUUCACUUGGAUCGUACAUUAUAUGAUACUGCGCGUGAGACUCAAAAACGAUGUGUAGGCACUACGGCUGGUAUUGUUGCCUGUUAUGAAGGUACUUCUCCCACUCAGAGUGGUUGUAUUCCUUCUUAUAUCUCUAUUGCCAAUCUUGGGGAUAGUCGUGCGGUGUUGGCUCGUACUUCUGAUGGAUCUGUGUUGAUAAGUACAUUAGAUCAUCGUAUUGCCACACAUCCAUGGGAGAAAACACGUGUGGCUCAGUGUGGAGGUUGUAUUGAGUGUGAUCGCGUAGAUGGAGCAUUGCAGGUAACACGAUCACUUGGGGAUUAUAUUUAUAAAUUACCACCAGAGCAGUGGGUCUCACAGGCAGAGAUAGAGGAGAAGAAAAAGAAGAAGGAGGAUUCCCGUAGUGAAAUGAUGUCUAGUGCUUUUGGUUCUUCAAUGUUGGAGUGGAUGAAUACGACAGUACCCCAAGUAGAUAUUACAGUACCACUAUGUGAGGAUAAUCUUAUGAAAAGUAAUGAGGAUUUAACAGAUCAUCUAUCUCCUGUAUUUCAAUCAUUUUCACAGAUUGGUGUUACUACAGCUACUACUACAUCCAAUAGUAAUAAUAAUAAUAAUAAUAAUGAUAAUGAUAGUGAUUCUUGUGGUAAAAGGUUGAGAUAUUGUUCCAUCUCUGCAACUCCACAUCGAGAUUCUGUAGCUCCACUUAUUCAACUAGAAGAUUCAGAAGCUGAACCCUGUUUAACAAGUAAUAUCGUUAGCAACAUUGCAGAUGUAUACGAGGCUGAAUUGAAAGGUGAUGAGUUUCUUGUUUUAGCAACCGAUGGACUGUGGGAUCAUAUGAGCACAGAGGAGGUUGUGGACUUUGUACGUACCCGUCUUCUUCACUCUGGGAUUCUGAGUGGAAAUCGCCCUUUACAAUCACAACAACAACAACAACAACAAGAAAAAGAGAAGGAAGAAGAAGAGAAGGAAGAAGAAGAAGAAGAAGAAGAAAACGAAAACGAAAAAGAACAAGAACAAAUGGAUGAGAGUGUGGAGUUGUUAGUUCUCUCUACAGGGUGUUCACAGCAGUUACCGGCCUUUACCUAUUGUGAUACCCUAAAGGCCCCACAGGAUGGGAGACAAACACCUCCACCUCCAACCCCACCGCCACUACCACCGCCGCUCUUAUCAAUUUCUUCUUCACACGAUUGCCCGCAUUUCUCUUCUUCGGCGUUAUUACAUGUGAGGUAUAAUGGAUCAGAUGAUGUUGGAGGAGAAAGUCAAGGGACCGAUAGGCGUUUUUCCACUCCACCACCCCAGUGUAUGCUGAGUAGAAGAGAGGAUCGAAUGAAUUUGAAUAGUUUUAGAUUUGCAAUGAAUGAAAAUAAUAAUAAUAAUAAUAAUAAUAAUAAUAGUGAUGCGCAUAAAAUGUCUCCAGGGACACCUACAAAUAGUGAGGCAUCUACACAAUAUUGCGGGAAUUCACUUCGGCAUGUUUUGCAGGAAAUUGCGAAUAGUCUAGCUGAUCACGUUGUACAUGAUUUACAUAGUGGAGAUAAUGUAACGAUAGUACUGCUCGUAUUUCAUUCUAGUGAUGAGUAUCAAGGGGGAAGUAUCAGAUAA